AGUUAUUUCACCACGUCGUUGAUUGCCUUCAGUACUACCACGGUAAAAGGACAUUUAGUACUGCAACUAUAAAACUGCCUAGAAAAUGGUUCUCAAGUCGGUCAUUUUUUUAAUGGUUAUUAUUGCCGUUGCUUCGGCAUGCGGUGGGGGACGACGCCGACGAAUUAUUCCUGAUUGCAAGACCCGAUGCACCCACGAGUGUGACUUUCGAGGGUGUGGAGUAAAGUGCAGAAACCCUUGCAUACCUAAUAUGAAGAAAAGAUCAGUUCCUGAUGAAAUGUUUCUACUGCCUUCGAAUUUCAACGAGUAUGACAACAACCAAGAUGGGGGGAUCAGCCUAGAGGAGUUUGCAGAUGCUUUGAAGGCCAAAGAAGAGGAAAUCAAAAAGAUGUUCGACUCAUUCGACACCAAUUCAGAUCAGAGAAUAACUUGCGAUGAGUUUAAAAAAGCUCUGAAGGGAUCAACAGAAAUUGAGCCACGCUGUUAGAAAAUCCAGAGCAAAAAGAAUGACCAUCGAUUAAUGACCACGACUGACCAUGACAGACAUAGGAACAUUAUAUGAUCGUGAAAACACUGAUAAUAGAUAGUUUUAGAUUGAAUCAGACAAAUACUUUAAAAAACAACUUUGGAGGAAUUUGAAAUAAUAGGGUACUUCAAUUAAAAGAUGCAAUCUA